AUGAAGGCGAUCGGAGUCGAGGAAUAUGGACCAGUGGAGAAUCUUGUGCCCAAACUGCUCCCUGACCCAAGAGGUCCUGACGGCCGAGACUUAUUAGUGCGAAUUCAAGCCUGUUCAGUCAAUCCAGUCGAUACCAAAGUCCGUGCGGGAAAGUAUGAUGACUAUCCAGACUAUUACGCGAACGCUCCGCGGCCAUUCCAGAUCUGCGGUUUUGAUGCGGCGGGUACAGUCAUAGCAGUCGGACAAGAUUGUGAACUGUUUAAGAAAGGAGACGAUGUCUACUACUCCGGGAAUCCGAUCCGGCAGGGUUCAAAUGCGGAGUAUCAGGUCGUUGACGAGCGAAGCGUGGGCCAUAAGCCCCGGAACCUUGAUUGGACCCAGGCAGCUGUCAUGCCUUUGACGUAUAUCACGGCGUACGAGGCGUUGGUGGAGAGGUUGGAGAUCCCGAAAGGGGAGCGUGCGGCUCUACUCAUCAUCAAUGGAUCUGGCGGGGUAGGUUCUGUCGCCAUCCAGAUAGCACGUCGGGUCCUCAAUCUGCCUGUGGUGAUCGCGACAGCUUCGAGGCCGAAUACGACCGAAUGGGUGAAGGAAAUGGGCGCGACGCAUGUAAUCAAUCACAGGGAGGAUCUCGAAAAGCAGAUCAAUGCGCUGGGCUUAGAUGUCCCGCUGAGGUACAUUUUCAUCACCCACACGACCGACCAAUACAUGGAAGUCUGUGGUCGAAUCGCGGCACCAUUCGGGAAAGUCUGCUCGAUCGUCCAGGGCCACACACCAAUGUACGGAACACAAUUCAUGGCCAAGUCGCUAUCUUUCAUUUGGUGUCUGCUUGGAACCAAGCCAUAUUACCAUGUGGAUGUAGAAUCGCAUGGCAAGAUCCUCAAGGAGCUCACGGGCCUCAUCGAGUCCGGCACAAUCAAAUGUCAUUUGACGCGUCGGCUGCGUUUGACACUUAACGGACUGCGGGAAGGACAUAGAAUUAUUGAAAAGGGUGGGGCUAUUGGAAAGAUUGGCUUGGGAGUAGAUGAGGAUGGCAUCGGGGAAGCGUUUGCGUGA